CUGCUUUUCGCUAUCUUUUGCAGUCUUUUAUUUAGAAAAAAAAAAGUUUCAGUUCCCUAUAGAACAUUUGACUUCUUCCUUUUGCUUUGUCAUUUAUAACCCAAUGAUCCACACAAAAGGCCAUUUCCAACCAGCUUUUCAAUAACUCAUUAUUUUGAUCUGCCAGACCCAUCUUGAAGAAGAAUUUUUCUUGAGGAGGCCAGAUCAAGAUUUCUUUUUUUGCGGGGAAUUUUGAUUGUUCCUUCUUUUUAAUACCGAAAAAUGUAAUUUUUCGGGAGUGGCGGUUUUAACCUGGACUGAAAGAAAUUAACGAACGGAACCAGAGAUCACCUUGGUAGGACUGAGAUACAUUGUCCUGGAAAUUACCAACAUCAACAAACUUCUUUGUGUGCUUGAAUGAAAACAGAAAUUGCGAUGCCUCUAAGGGGAAUUUGUUUCUGUUCAUUUGGAAUAUUAUAUUUAUUUUUGAACAGUUAUAUUCGUCCCACUACUGGCUACGUGAUGAAGAACUGCUGGGUCACACAGAACGCAAAGGCCGACUGUAGGAAAUUCGGUUUCAAAGUGUUUCCAAAGGACAUUCCAGCAAGAGUCACAAAAAUACUCCUGCAGGGAAACAACAUUUCUAAACUAAAUGAAAGAGAUUUGGAAAAUUUACCAAAUCUGUUGUACAUAGACCUGAGUCACAACUUGAUCUCCAAGAUUGAUUCUGGCAGUUUUGUUCGUCAAAUCUCUCUAGAGGUGUUGCAUUUAGAGAACAAUAAGCUUAGAAAUAUACAGGAGGGUAUGUUUGAUGGCCUGGUCCAUCUCACACUUUUGUGGCUGAAUUUCAAUCAGAUCCAAACAGUAGCACCAGCCUCUUUCAAGUCUCUGAGCAAGCUUAUGAUUUUGGGCCUAGGCCAUAACAAACUGCACAACUUAGCAAACAUCUUGCAACAUACACCACAUUUACACUCCCUAAUCAUUGCAGCAAACGAGAUGUCCACUUUUCAUUCAUGGGAGCUGUCGAAUAAGUCUACAGAACUUGUUACACUUGAUCUGUCUCAAAAUGAGCUCAUGGCCUUUAGGCUCACUGCAGAUAUCUUUCCCAACCUCACAAGGUUGAACCUUGAGGAUAGUAUAGAGAAUGGUAUCGUCUGGGAGAUGAAUGACACAUCGUACCUUAGCAGUGUGUCCGAACUAGAUAUCAGUGGGGUUCGCUCCUCAUUACAUGGACUGCAGGACGUUCUCGAGACAAUUAACUCCUCACUGAGUUAUUUGAAGCUAAACCAUGUGAAUAACAACCUGCAGGCUCUCAUCAAUAUUUCCUGCAAAAACCCAUUGCUGAGUGGAUUUGAAAUCCGAAAUAACGGCAUCAAACAUAUAAGACCAGACAUGCUGCACCUCUGCACUAAUCUGAAACUGUUGGACAUAGGGUUGAAUGAAAUAACUGAAAUCUCAAACAAAUCGUUUCAAUCUCUUAGGCAGCUUCACACUUUAAUCAUUCAUUCUAACCGUCUCACAUCGGUCCCCUAUGCCAUAAGGAAUACUCAAAUCUCAAAACUGGAUCUCAGCUGCAAUAACAUCAGUGUGAUUGACUGUGAUGAUUUUGCUAAUAUGACCGGUCUCAAAGUUCUCCAUCUAUACAAAAAUCAUCUUUCGGCUCUCAAGGAUUGUGUUUUCAAAGAUUUGGUCAAUUUAAAGGAACUGAUGUUGCAAAACUGCAGCAUUGAUCAGUUAAACGGCGCCUUAAAAAAAAACAUGCCAAAUCUUAUACAUCUUUCUUUAUUAAACAAUCAACUCACUGUUCUAGAUCAUGGAGAAUUUAAAGCUCUGAAUUCCCUCCAGAAUUUGACAUUAGAAGGGAAUAAAUUAAACAAACUUAAAAAUGGGACUUUUUUUGGACUGUCCAGUCUUACACAUCUUUCUCUCCAAUCAAAUGAAAUAACUGAAAUUUCAAACGGUGCGUUCGCUGACUUGAAAGCUUUAAAGACUUUGAAUUUGAAUUGCAAUCACCUUAAAUAUGCAUCGGUAGAGCGUAUUUCUUAUCCACCAUUUGUUGAGCUUUCACAACUGGAUACAUUGCUUUUUACAGCUCAAAAAAAAAUCCAUAAGAGGGCCCUCCCUCAAAACUUUCUGCAUGGCCUGACAAAUCUGUCAGUACUAGAUAUCCGAGGUAACGAAUUUGCAUCCCUGCACCCACACACCUUCAACUAUACUCCUAAUUUGAAUGAGCUAAUUCUGUCUCAAAAUGAUAUCACAGACAUUCCGGACAAUUUGUUUUCCCCGAUUCAAAAACUAAAAAGUCUUUGGAUUUCACAGACAAACCUGAGGUCUCUAGAUUUUCUGCUCCAUGCUAACCUCACAGAGCUGGAGUUCUUGCAGGUGGGAAAGAAUGUCUUUUCUGUGAUUAGAGAGCCAGUGAUGCUGUCCCUAACAGCACUUAAUAUCCUGGAUAUGAAGGGUAAUAGCUUCACCUGUAAUUGUGACAAUGCGUGGUUCCUCCAAUGGGUAAUCAGCAACAAGCAAACACAAGUGGUUGAUGCAUACAACUUUGAAUGCAACUACCCUCCAAACCUUAAGGGAAGAAAACUGUUGGAGAUUGGCCUCAGUUCUUGUACAGUAGACAUGGGCUUCAUCUUUUAUAUUUCCACGGCAUGCACGGUCAUCAUGACAAUAGCAGUCUCCUUCACCCACCAUUUCCUGCAAUGGCAUCUGGUCUAUGCGUACUACCUCAUGCUGGCUAUCCUCUACAACUCAAAGAACAAGGACAAACGUGCUCAUCAAUACGACGCCUUCGUCUCCUACAACGCAAACGACGAGGGCUGGGUUCUUGGGGAGCUGCUGCCCAAGCUGGAGGACGAGCAGGGCUGGAGACUUUGUCUGCACCACCGAGACUUCCAGCCAGGUAAACCCAUCAUGGAAAACAUAACAGAUGCCAUCUAUGGCAGCCGGAAGACUAUCUGUGUGGUCAGUCGUGAUUACCUGGAGAGUGAAUGGUGCUCCAGGGAGAUCCAGGUUGCCAGCUUCCGGCUGUUUGACGAGCAGAAGGACGUGCUGAUCCUGGUGUUCCUGGAAGAAAUUCCAAUGCAGCAGCUGUCUCCAUACUACCGGAUGAGGUGGCUCCUCAAGAGGCAAACGUACCUGAGCUGGUCCCACGCAUUAGCACACCCAAACCUGUUCUGGGAGAAGCUCCGGCAGGCCCUGGAGACCCGAGAGCACCCAAUGGGUGAGCAUAUACGGCUCACUGUGGAGGACGGACCCCCUGGAGAGAGACCAGGGCCCCGUAUCCCGAUAGCAUCGUUAGCCUAAGUGGAUCGUGAAGUGCGUUGUACGAGCAUCGUACAGUUUUCACACCGUUGCCCGAAAGCAUCAUUGGUUACGAACGUCGUGAAAAUGCUCGUAGCUAACGAAAACUCCAGGAGUACUCGUAGGAAGCUUAGAGCAUCGUUAGCCUACUAUAGCCUUAGUGGCGUCACCAGCGGAAAUUCAGUGUAUUGUGUUGUAUUGGAUGGGUUUUAUUAAAACACAUCCAAUACCACGGAAUGCCCAGCUGGCACAAAUU